GAGUGUUGACAUGAUGUAUUUCUAUCAUAUCGAGUAUCUAAAUGGUAUCAUCUCCCUGCUAUCCACACCAGCUGCGAUACGUCAAAACCUUUCACUACUGCAAACCAAAGUCAGCAUCAUCCUCAGCCUCGCAUCUGAUCCGAACAAAGAAGAAAAGGAGCAGAAAAAUACCCUCAGCCUCGCCUUCCAUAGCCUCAUCCGCACCCAACCAGCCCGCCAUAAGCCCCUAGGGCGCGAAUGGGGGCUGGGGAAGAUUUGGCCUCCCGAGCUGAGCAAGGGAGGUGGGUGCGUGCGGGUUACCAGAGUUCACAUUAGGGGGAGACCUUGGGAUACGAUAUCAAUUGAGGAGUAGAGUGUUGGAUAGAGAGAGAUGUACGCCAACCACCAGGUGAUCCGGCUUCCUCGCCCUCGACCCCUUAAGGAAGAGCUCAGCAAAGGAUUGUUUUUGUGGAGCGUUUAUAUAGUUGAUAUUGGCGCUCUGUCUGGACCAGAUUAACUGUAAUAAUGUG